UAAAAACCGUUUUCUUCUUUUGCUCUGUUUCUUACCAUCGAUCCACCAAACUGGGGAAAGUAGUUUUGAUUCUCUUGUCUGGAAGUAAUGGUAGGUGCUUUGUUUGUUGUUGGCUCGUCGGUUAUGGAUUCACCAAACGGUCCAUGUUUAUGUCUAGAUGCUCACACGAGGAGCUCUCAAAACAAUAAGAGGAUCCUUGGCAGUACAGGAAGCUCCUUUACUGGUUCAGGUAUUGUUUUUAGGCUUUCUUCGAAGAAGCGAGUACCAAGGAUUCUGACUCGAAGGAGCAGAGGAAGGCUCUUGAUUGUCAGUGAGGACGUUGCUGGGAACUACGAUGAUACGUUCGGAGAUGUUAAAACGCAACUUGUUAACUAUUUCACAUACAAAGCUGUGAGGACGGUUCUUCAUCAGCUCUACGAAAUGAAUCCUCCUCAAUACACUUGGUUCGAUAAUUACGUGGUAUCAAACAGACCAACCGAUGGCAAACGUUUCCUCCGCAACCUUGGCAAGGAGAGUCAGGAGCUUGCAGAAAGAGUGAUGAUCACGCGUCUCCACUUGUAUGGCAAGUGGAUCAAGAAAUGCGACCAUGGUAAGAUAUACGAAGACAUAUCAGAUGAGAACUUAGCGUUGAUGCGUGAACGCCUUAUGGAGACCGUGAUAUGGCCUUCCGAUGACUCAAACUCAGAGGUUAUUAGCUGAAGAAGAAUGUCACACCACAACAUUUAGGACCUUAAGUUUUCUUUUUUAGUUGAUUUACUUGUAAUAUAGUCAUUAAGCAGUGUGUAUAUGUGUAAACGUUCUCAUUCAUCUCCUUUAGCUUAUAUGAAAAUAUUUAACUAACAGAUGCAAAAAAAAAG